AAAAAGUCCUAAUUUUUUUGAGCUACAAAAAACCCUAAAAUCCUUGAAAUUGGGGAAGAUGAUGACCAGAAUGAUCCCAUUCUCUAAGCUUUCCUCCAUUAUUAUGAUUCAUUUGAGAUGGCACCUCACGAAGCUAGGGCUCAGAUUCAUUCAGCUCUCGGCUCUCUAUGUUGCCUACAUGUCCCCCUCUUUAUGUUGUGCUUUAUCAUAAUUUUCUCUUAAUCGUCUACAAUUAUGAAAUUUUGAUAACUUUAUUAUGCAAGUUUAAUAAAAUGCGGGAAAUUUGGGUGAACACGUGGGUUCAUUUGAUUUAUUUAAUUGAUUUUUUUUAACAAGCAAUUGGGUUGCCAUUAUUCCAUAAAAUUAGGGGUGUAUUUGCAGUACUUUUUGUUUGAACCACGACGUUCGUACAUUCUUCCCGCUUUCUCUUUCUGUCUUACUGUGUUCAAGGAAAAGAAUUCAGCUUUCUUCUCACGACCCAGAAGCCAUUUCUGCUAAUCCUCAAGUAAAUUCCCUUAAUCCCCUUUGGUUGUUUCUGCUAAUUUGUCCUUUAUGUGAUUGAUAUAUUGUGUUCUUCUAAUUUCAUUGGAAUAUUUCUGCAUGGGUUUGCUCUAAUCUUACUGCCCAAUUGAUUAAAAUCUUCAAGUUUCAUGCAUAUUAUUGUGUGGGUUCUUUUCAAAACUCUGAUGGCGCAACUGGGUUUUCUCUAGACAUGUUAAUUUCUUUUUGCUUCUUUAUGUUUGUUCAAGAUUAUAAUCUACUUGAUUACAUUCUUUUUUCGUCAUCGGUUAAAAUCUUGUGUUUUAACAAGAAAUUAAUUUGUGGGUUCUUGUAAAAAACUCUGAUGUAUCAAGAUUUUCCUUUCUCCAAUCUUACCUAUUAUUGCGGGAAAUCUCAGAAUUUAAUCCUCUUGAAUUGGAUCACGUUCUUGACCAAGAACCGAUGGCGAGAACGAAGAGUCAAAGCCGCCCUCGUCCCCGUCCCUACAUUUGUAGACAUCAUACUGGCGGAAGCAUUAAGAGGGAGCGAAUUCUCGGAAGAAUCAAGUCUUCUGCGAGCAUGGGCUUUGCAUGUCAAACAUGUAAUAAUAAGGUAAAGGAUAGUCUCGAUAUGCCACCGAAGAAGAGGAUGGAAGUAGUCCCUGAGGGAACUGUUCACUGGGUUUGUUGGAUUUGUGAAGAGAGUUUCUGUGGUGUUGAGAAUGAAUAUGGUCCUAGUGGCCAUGCAUUUGAUCAUGGGAAGAAAGAUAAACAUUCAUUUUCUAUCCGAGUAGACAAACCGAGUGAAUUAUAUUGUUUUGUUUGUGAGAUAUAUCGACUGGUUACAACUGAGGAAGAGAAGAAUUUGGAGGACGAGGACAAUGAGAGGCCAAAAAUGUUUGUCAGAAAAUAUGCGAAAGGAAUGCAGCAGCAAAAAUUCAAUUAUCCAUGUAGGUUUAAGGGUUUGCCUAACCUUGUGAACACAUGCUACUUCAACGCAGCCUUGCAAAAUCUUUUUGCCAUGGACAGACUUGGGCAGUGUCUUGCGAACUUGGAGAUGCCUGUUGGCUAUGUUACUGGAGCAUUAAAGAGGCUCUUUAAUGAAACAUAUGAUGAUUUCAGAGUUACCAUACAGCCUCAAGAGCUCCUUGAUUUUGUUCAGAAGGACCAGAGAUUUGUGGCUGGGAUUCAGCAUGACAGUCAUGAGUUGCUCCUAUAUUUGCUUGAUAAGUUGCAGUCAGAAGGAAUGAGUUUUGUGGAUGAGAUAUUUAGAGGAGAAUUCUCUAGUAUUCUGUGUUGUGAUCGAUGUGGAAAAACUUCGACAACACAUGAUCCUCUUCUCGAUCUUUCACUGCAGAUUCCUACAAAGAUACAUCCGAAUGAGAGGAAUGAAAUUAUUUCACCUAAGACUGAUGUGCCUUUGAAGGUACAUCCAAAUGAGAGGAACGGCAUUAUUUCACCUAAGAUUAAUGUGCCUGCUGUGGAGAAACAUGAAGGAAGCCAAGAUGGAGGGGUUAUAGAGAAAUCUUUGACUGUUGACAGUGAUGAAGAAGUAAAUGUAAAUGUAUGCUCAAUCAAGCCUGCUGUGGUUUUUGACACCACUAUACCAAUUUCUUGGAAUUUAAAUGCACUUAACCAUGAUGAGGUUUGUGAGGUUGAUGACAUGAGUGGUCCUCUGUCAAUUGAGAAGUGCUUGGUCUUAUUCACAGAACCUGAGGAUCUGCUUGACAAUCACUGUGUUCAUUGUUCACCGCCUCUUCAACACCAGAAGCCAUCAGAAGCAUCUGAGUUUCAAGGUAGCAGAGUUAAAUCUGAAAGUGAGAAGAAUUUAGGUUCACCAAGCAAAAGCAGUAAUCAGCAGGAUGUUGGAUGUAAUGGCCACAUUUUAGCUCCUUCACUUGGAAAUGAACAGCUAAGAAAGGAUGAGGAUAUGAAAACGAAAUGUAAGGAGGUCAAGAGGAAAUUAAUUAAAAAGCUUCUUUUUAAGAGGCUCCCAUUUAUUUUAACAAUUCAGCUAAAGAGAUUCUUCCAAUUGAAAUCUGGAAAAUUCAAGAAAAUUGAAGGGCACGUUGUCUUCCAUGAAAUGCUUGAUUUCAUGCCAUAUAUGGAUUCCAGAUUUGUGGGGGAGGAGAAGUAUGUCUAUCGUCUCAUAGGAAUCGUGGAGCACCUGGGAUCCAGCAUGACUUUUGGCCAUUACGUUGCAUACGUAAGAGCAGAACAAAACCAAGAGGGGAAAGACUCCUGGUUUAAGGCUGAUGAUACUGAAAUAGAGGAAGUUUCACUAAAAGAAGUCCUUAAAAGAAAUGCAUAUCUUUUGUUCUACGAAAGAACGUGCUAUUGAGGUAUGCUUCGACAAACCAACAGAUCUAAAGAUCCACAAACCAACCGAUCUAAAGAUCCCAACUCCUGUCAAAAUUUGCUUUAUGCUUGAGAACACGAAGUAAUUCCUAAUUUGUCUGUAGUUAUUGUGAAUAUCCUCAGCAAGUUCAAUGGAGAAAUUUUGUGGCCCAUGUAAUUGCAUAGUAACAAUUGUUAGGAAAAUAUCGUGGGGUUUUACACACUUCUCUUUAUUAUGCUUGUGAUGGUAUCCCAAAGCUAUUUGAUCAGUUUCUUGCCAGAUCUUUGACAA